AUGACCGACAGAGUGUAUGAAAGUGCUUUACGGCUGCAUUACCAUAUAGAGUCAACUCUCCAUCGUGUAAAAUCAGAGCUACACGAGAAAGACAUCCAGAAGGCCAUCGAUGAUUACAAAGCCUCUACACAGCAGACAACUCCAAUCAUAUACCGACAGGCAACUCUCCCAGAGAUCCCUCUCCCAACAUUCGCAGGCGACUCAUCAACGUGGACGCAGUUUCGGGACAUGUUUACGUCCCUCGUUUACGAUCGGGAAGAUCUCAGACCAGUAGCCAAACUACACUACCUGAAGGCCAACGUAUCAGGUCCCCCACUUCAACUGAUCCGUCAUGCCGUAAUGAAUGAUGAUGGGUAUGAGCCAGCAUGGAAUCAGCUCAAGGCCAGGUACGUUGACCCAGAACAACUCAUCUUUGCCUACAUCAAGGACCUGUUCAGUGUGACCACACCAUCAUCAAAGUCAGCUGAACAACUCGACAACCUGGUGGGAGUAGUACGGCAAAACUUGGAUGCCUUGAAGGCUCUCAAUGUACCUACAGACGCUGCAAAUUAUUUUCUGGUGUACCUGGUGGCCAGUAAAUUGGAGCAACCGCUACGUGAGUCAUGGGAACUCGAGCGAAGUCUGUCUCGCUCACCGACAACUCUAGACAGUCUACUCAACUUCAUCUCAACCAGGGCACGUGCGAUGGAGUCAGCUCAAGAUGCAGCUCGUCAAGCAAAACGGUGGCCUACUCCAGUGAUCACCAAAAGGUCCAGAUCACAACAACAGUCUACUCAACAGCAGACGACUCACCCACAGACAACUCGAGCCUCCAGGCAUGCGGCGCAAAAACGACAAGCAGACUACCCGUGUGAUCAAUGCAGCAGUUUGGAUCACUAUUUGGUUGACUGCAAAGCGUUCGCAGGACUUUCACAACACGAAAGGAGUAAAGAAUGCUUCUCUGAUGACUCGACGGAAAGGAUGACCUUAGCACAUGAGGUGUCGGCCUCAGGAGGGUUGAGGGUCCUGGAAGAAGAGUCAGAAGGUCUCGUUCGAUCUCCUACAGCUGAAGAAAAAAGUCAAACUCACACUAGUCAAAUCUCAGACGACUCACAUGAUUCAACACUCACCAAGAACACUACAGACAACUCAGAUAUCAAUGGAAGACUCUCUUCAGCACUCAGGGCAGCAGAAGAUCCAUGCACUAACGAGUCUCCAGUUCAAUCAGACAGCUCAGCAGUCUUACUCGCCACAGCCAAUGCAGUAUUACUUUCAGACUACUCUCAGCUUCCAGUAAGACUCCUGAUAGACUCAGGGUCUGAGCUGACGUUCAUCUCAUCAAGUGUGGUAAAGACUUGUCAUCUUCAACGUCGUCCAUCAGUAAUAUCAGUGCUGGGAAUUGGUAACGAACCAGCUGUACAAACUAGAGGAGUGACAACAGUGACACUUAGAUCAACUCACACACAGGAGCAAGUUACAAUUAAUGCUCAUAUCCUCAAAUGUGUCACUGGUACUUUACCAACCAGACAACUCAAGGAACUCAACUGGUCAGCUCUCAACUCUCUGCAACUUGCUGAUCCAGACUACUCAACUCCAAGACCCAUUGACAUCUUAAUAGGAGCAGAUUGUUAUGGUCUGAUUGUGAAGGCUGGCAUCAAACAAUUUCCGCAGUCAUCUCUCAUAGCCCAAGAUUCACUCUUUGGAUGGAUGCUCAUUGGAAUGCCACAACAGACAAGAUGCUCAACUGUGAGAACUCAUCACGCAGCAAGGGUCAACUCAUACCAGCAAGUAUCUGAUCUCUUGACAAAAUUCUGGGUUCAAGAAGAAGUUCCAGAGACUUCAGCCAGCCAACUCAGCCCAGAUGAUCAAUCUUGUGAAGAUCAUUAUGUUACGACUCAUUCAAGAGAUCAAGAUGGGAGAUAUAUUGUGAGAUUACCACUCAAAGCAUCACCAUCUCUUCUAGGCAACUCAUCAGCGAGAGCUCAUCAGUGUGUACUACACAUGAUCAGACGACUCACAAAGAAUGACUCAUAUGCACAACUCUAUCACAACUUUAUGCAAGAAUACGAGUCACUGAACCACAUGACACGAGCCAAGGCAAGUCCAGUCAACUCUCCAGUGUAUUAUUUGCCUCAUCAUGGUGUCUUAAGAGAAGACAGUGUUACUACAAAGCUUAGGGUAGUAUUUAAUGGCUCUAGUCCAUCGUCUAGUGGUCUAUCAGUGAACGAUAUUCAACAUACUGGUGCCAAAGCCCAGAAAGACAUUGCAGACGUACUCAUUUGGAUCAAGCAGCAUAAAUUUGUGUUUACAUCAGACAUCACAAAGAUGUACAGGCAAAUCAAAGUCUACCAAGAUGAUUGGGAUCUCCAGAGAAUCCUGUGGGUGGACGAGCACUCCAAGAUAAUCCCAUAUCAACUCACAACGGUCACGUAUGGUACCAGGUCAGCCCCAUUUCUGGCUGUUCGUACAAUGAUCCAGCUAGUAAAGGAUGAAGGUCAUAAGUUCCCUCUAGCUGUUGAUCCACUACUAAAAGGAAGAUAUGUGGACGAUAUUUUUGGAGGUGCUGACACCGUGAGUCAACUGAUAGACAUCUCAACCCAAGUCAGACAACUCUGCAUGGCAGGUGGUUUCCCGUUGGCGAAAUGGCACAGCAACUCACUUCAAUUCCUUCAAUCAAUUACAGACAACUCAUCAGAAGAGCAGAUCCACUCAUUUGAGAGCAGCAAAACGAAAUUACUUGGGCUCUCGUGGAUUCCAGCGAACGACUCAUUUAAGUUCAACUCAAAACCUCCUCGUGAGAAGUCCAAGCUCACAAAGAGAAUAAUUUUAUCCGAAACAGCACAACUCUACGAUCCACUUGGAUUUCUAGCACCCUUCAUUGUCAGAGCAAAGAUGUUGCUACAAGAAAUCUGGCUAGAUAAACUGUCAUGGGAUGACCAAGCCCCAGAUCACAUCAUCACCAAGUGGAACAGCUUCAGAUCAAAACUCUCACAUGUUUCAGACCUCUCAAUUCCACGAUGGUUACGGAUUACUCAGAAAUCGACCGUGGAACUUCAUGGUUUUUCAGACGCCUCACAAGCAGCUAUGGCAGCUGUUGUUUACAUACGGGCAACUCAUCCAGAUCAUGGAACUUGUUCAACUAUAGUCUGCUCAAAGUCUAAAGUUGCUCCACUGAAGAAGAUGUCUAUUCCUAGACUAGAACUCACCGCAGCAUUGCUGCUUGCCAGACUAAUCACUUAUGUAAGGAACAACUUAGACAUUCAGCCAACUCAACUCGUAUGUUGGACAGACUCCUCAGUGACUUUGACCUGGAUUCAGUCUCACUCAUCCCGUUGGAAGGAGUUUGUAAGAAACAGAGUGUCAGCAAUUCAAGAUCUCACUCCAAUCAGCGUUUGGAGGUUUGUACCUGGCAAACAAAAUCCAGCGGAUUGUGCUUCUCGAGGUAUCAGCAUAUCCCAGCUUCGGAAGCACCCCCUGUGGUGGACAGGACCACAGUGGUUAACAGCAGACGAAUCAUUAUGGCCAACUCAAUCAUCAGUGUACGAUUCAAAAGCUCAGCAGGAAGAGCGGCCCGGGCUCACUUUACUUACUCAGACAAUUCAACAUGAUUAUCAUUGGGAUAUGAUAUACAGACAUUCUCGGCUAAUCAAAUUGCUCAGAGUGACUGCAAUUUGCUUCAGAUUCAGCGAACUCCUCAGACGAGUACCGCAGUCAUCUCUCACCUUCCCUCUCACGCCACAAGAAUUAGAGAGAGCAAGGAUUUUUUGGAUAAAGGCAACUCAAGAAUCGUACUUCUCACAAGAAAUCAAGCAGAUCAACUCAAAUUCACUGCCCGUCUCACACCCCCUCGCACGAUUGACAGCAUUUAUUGACACUCAGGGAGUCAUACGUGUUGGAGGGAGGUUAGCAAAUGCUAGCUUGGACCAAGAAGCAAAGCAUCCUGCAAUCCUACCACAGAAAACUCAUCUUUCCAGGCUAAUCAUUGCGGAUGCUCAUAAAAGAACAUUGCACGUUGGGACGCAGGCAACUCUAAACCUCAUACGAUCAUCGUACUGGAUCAUUGGCGGACGACUCCCAGUACGAUCCUAUAUUUAUCAUUGUAUGAAAUGUGCUCGUUUACGUGGCGAACGAGCGAAGCAGUUGAUGGGUCAAUUGCCGUUAUCAAGAAUCACUCCAGCCCGACCAUUUGCCGUCUGUGGUGUGGAUUACGCUGGUCCCAUCACGCUAAAGACUUGGAAAGGCAGAGGCGCCAAAACAUCUAACGGUUGGAUGUGCAUUUUUGUGUGCUUCGUUACUUCUGCGCUUCAUUUAGAAAUUGUAACAGAUUAUUCAGCAGACUCAUUUAUUGCAGCGUUCAGAAGGUUCACUGGACGUCGAGGUGUCUGCAGAACUCUCCACAGUGAUUGUGGCACCACAUUUCAAGGCGCAGACACGCUCAUCAGACAACUCUUCAAGCAGGGGACUCAACAGUUCAAUCAACUCGCAGCUGUAUUUGCAAAGGAUGGAACUGAUUGGAAGUUUAAUCCACCAGCUGCACCACAUAUGGGAGGAAAAUGGGAAGCUGCAGUCAAAUCAGUAAAGUUCCAUCUUAACAGAACGAUAGGCGACUCACUCUUUACAUAUGAAGAGCUUUCCACACUGCUUGUCCAGAUAGAAGCAGUCCUUAACUCCAGACCACUCGAGCCUCUCUCAGCCGACUCUACAGACAUCUCAGCGUUGACUCCAGCACACUUCUUGGUUGGUGAACCGCUAGUAACAUUACUAGAGCCUUCACUGGAAGAUGUGCCAAUGCCACGCUUGUCCAGGUGGCAAUUUAUUCAGCAGCGACUCCAAUCGUUUUGGUCAACGUGGUCAAAACAAUACCUUCAGCAGCAACUCGCCAUUUCCAAGUGGAAACACCCCGCUCACAACAUCACAGUCGGCUCACUUGUACUACUCACUGACGAGAGGUUCCCACCAACGAAGUGGCCUCUCGCCAGAGUGAUUGAGGUGUUCCCAGGAUCAGACGGACUCAUCAGAACAGUCAAACUCAGGACAGCAACAGCAGAACUCGUCAGACCACUCACAAAGCUAGUCAUCUUACCAUACACUCCACCAGCAGAAGAUCAGCAAAGGCGUUGCUGA